AUUUUUUUUUAUGUAAAGUGUCUUUGAGUAUUUAGAAAAGCGCUUAUAAAUAAAAUGUAUUAUUAUUAUUAUUAUUAUGGGGAAGUGGGAACAGGUGGAACUUACAAGAUGAUGAUGAGAGUUAGUACAUGACCAUUUCAGGCCAAGGCCUCAAUUAUUUCCAGAAAAUGAUUAUUUCCCCUGAACAUAUGCAUAUUUCCAACAAACUAAAUACCUAUAAUGUCUUUGUGGGGAGAAAAUUGGUGGUAAAAAUGUGUGAGCACUACAUUGUAAGUCUGGUUUAUAUUUGUGGUGUCUAGUAAGCUCUUGUUGGCAGAACAUACACCUUUGCAUGAUACAGUAAUAAAAAAUAACACAAUGUGAAUUUUGAUUUGAUUUACUUGAUUUUGAUACAAUUUAAUCUUCAGUUUGAUGAUGUGAAAGUUACGCAAACAUAUGUUGGACUGUUGCCUUUGGAGUGUCAACAGCUCAAGGUGACAAAAUGACAGGUCAUGACACAGUGACAUUUUAUAGAGCAUUCUUAAAUAUAUAUUAUUUUAGUCAAACUCAUCUGACGCUUCUUUUAGAUAUUGCUCUGUAGUAAAAUGUAUGUAGGUUAAAUAUGUAUAUAAUAUCAUAAUUUUGUAAUAUUGUAAAAUAGUAUAAAAUAGCAUUGCAGUUCAUCUGUUUAUGUCAUGUGACAGAAUGGGAUUUGGAUUUGGGACAUUGGAUUGUUUGCCAGGAAAGCCAAGAGCCAGGUUGAGAUAACUUGUUACGUCUGUGACAUUUUUAAUUCAUCUUUUACUCUGUUUGUCUAAUCUGCAUGUUCAGGGCAUGGUAACAUUGGUGACAACUAAAGCUGAUAUUUAGUUAAUGAUACAUUGCGAUGUGCACACAGUCAGCAAAAACUGUAGACUUUAAAAGGUGGCUUCUGGCUGCAGUCAUUUACAUUCACCAGCCAUGAGGGUGCUUGUGCUAGCUUUCACUGUAGCCCUUGCGGCGGCCAACCACAUCAACUUUGUACCAGAGUUUUCUGCUGGAAAGACCUACGUGUACAAAUAUGAGGCACUCCUCAUGGGCGGCCUGCCCGAGGAGGGUUUGGCACGGGCUGGAGUGAAAGUCAUUAGCAAAGUUUUGAUCAAUGCAGCAUCACCCGACACCUUCAUGCUGAAGCUGGUAGACCCUGAAAUCUUUGAGUACAGUGGCAUCUGGCCCAAAGAUGCUUUCAUCCCAGCCACCAAGCUCACCUCAGCCCUGGCUGCUCAGCUUUUGACACCCAUCAAGUUUGAGUAUACCAACGGUGUUGUCGGCAGAGUGUUUGCACCAGCUGGCGUCUCUGCAACUGUUCUGAAUAUCUACAGGGGAAUCCUCAACAUCUUCCAGCUGAACAUCAAGAAGACUCAGAACGUCUACGAGCUGCAAGAGCCUGGUGCUCAGGGUGUGUGCAAGACCCAUUAUGUCAUCAGUGAGGAUGCAAAGGCUGACCGCAUCCUGUUGACCAAGACCAAGGACCUGAACCACUGCCAGGAGAGAAUCAUUAAGGACAUCGGUUUGGCUUACACAGAGAAAUGUGUUGAGUGUGAGGCUAGAGGAAAGACCCUGAAGGGAGCUGCUGCUUUUAACUACAUCAUGAAGCCUACAGCCACAGGUGCUCUGCUCUUGGAGGCAACUGCUACAGAGCUCAUCCAGUUCUCACCUUUUAACAUCUUGAAUGGCGCUGCCCAGAUGGAGGCAAAGCAAAUCCUGACCUUCCUGGAGAUCGAGAAGACCCCAGUGAUGCCCAUCAGAGCUGAUUAUCUUCACCGUGGAUCCCUGCAGUACGAGUUUGGCAGUGAGCUUCUCCAGACACCCAUCCAGCUUCUGAGGAUCAGCAAUGCUGAGGCUCAGAUUGUUGAGGUUCUGAACCACCUGGUGACCUUCAAUGCGGCCAAGGUCCACGAAGAUGCCCCUCUGAAGUUCAUUGAGCUCAUCCAGCUGCUGCGUGUGGCCAGAUAUGAGAGUAUUGAGGCCCUCUGGACUCAGUUCAAAGCUAGACCAGAUUACAGGCACUGGAUCCUGAAUGCUGUCCCUGCCAUUGGUACUCAUGCUGCUCUGAGGUUCCUCAAGGAGAAGUUCCUCGCUGCUGAACUGACUAUUGCUGAAGCUGCUCAAGCCCUGCUGGCAUCUGUACACAUGGUGACAGCUGACCUGGAGGCCAUCAAGAUUGCUGAGGGCCUGGCUAUGAACAACAAGAUCCAAGAAAACCCAGUUCUGCGUGAGAUUGUCAUGCUGGGCUAUGGCACCCUGGUUGCAAAAUACUGUGCAGAGAACCCAACUUGCCCAGCUGAGCUUGUGAGGCCCAUCCAUGAACUUGCUGUCCAGGCUGUUGCUAGAGGUGAAAUUGAGGAGCUCAUUGUCGCUCUCAAAGUUCUGGGUAAUGCUGGACAUCCUGCCAGUCUUAAGCCAAUCAUGAAGCUCCUGCCUGGCUUUGGCAGUGCUGCUGCUGGUCUGCCCCUUAGAGUCCACAUUGAUGCUGUUCUGGCCCUGAGGAACAUUGCUAAGAGGGAACCCAAGAUGAUCCAGGAGAUGGCUGUUCAGCUGUUCAUGGACAAGGCUCUCCACCCAGAGCUCCGUAUGGUUGUUGCUAUUGUGCUGUUUGAGACUAAGCUGCCCAUGGGUCUGGUCACUACUCUUGCCGAUACCCUCUUGAAAGAAAAGAAUCUGCAGGUCGCUAGCUUUGUCUACUCUUACAUGAAGGCCAUGACCAAGAACACCGCCCCUGACUUUGCCUCUGUUGCUGCUGCCUGUAAUGUUGCUGUGAAGAUCCUCAGCCCCAAAUUUGACAGAAUGAGCUACCGCUUCAGCAGAGCCCUCUAUUUCGAUGCCUACCACAACCCCUGGAUGAUGGGUGCCGCUGCCAGUGCCUUCUAUGUUAACGAUGCUGCAACUGUUUUGCCAAGAGCCAUUGUGGCCAAAGCUCGCACCUACCUGGCAGGAGCUUAUGCUGAUGUUCUUGAGCUUGGAGUGAGAACUGAGGGAGUCCAGGAGGCCCUUCUAAAAAUCCAUGAGGCCCCUGAGAAUGCUGAAAGGAUCACCAAGAUGAGACAAGUUAUGAAGGCUCUUUCCGAGUGGAGGGCUAAUCCUUUAAGCCAGCCCCUGGCCUCUGUGUAUGUGAAAUUCUUUGGACAGGAAAUUGCCUUUGCCAACAUUGACAAAGCCAUUGUUGAUCAGAUUAUUGAGCUUGCCAGUGGACCAGCAAUUCAAACUUAUGGCAGAAGGGUGUUGGAUGCUCUGCUGUCUGGUUUCGCAGUGCAUUACGCUAAGCCAAUGCUGGUUGCUGAGGUUCGUCGCAUCCUUCCCACCGCUGUCGGUCUGCCCAUGGAGCUCAGUUUCUAUACUGCUGCAGUGGCUGCUGCAUCUAUUGAGUUCCAAGCCACUGUGUCACCACCUCUGCCUGAGAACUUCCAUCCUGCCCAGCUUCUGAAGUCUGAUGUCAACAUGAGGGCUGCCAUUUCUCCAAGUGUUUCCAUGCAUACCUAUGCAGUCAUGGGAGUGAAUACUGCUCUCAUCCAGGCUUCCCUGCUGUUAAGAGCCAGAGUUCACACAAUUGUUCCAGCAAAGAUGGAAGCAAGAAUUGACAUGAUUAAGGGCAACUUCAAGCUUCAGUUCCUGCCUGUUCAGGGCGUUGAUAAGAUUGCAACUGCACUUGUUGAUACUUUUGCUGUUGCAAGAAAUGUGGAAGACCUUGCAGCUGCCAAAAUCACACCAAUGAUUCCAACUGAAGUUGCAGCAAAGAUGUCAAGGGAGAUCUUUUCUUCAAAGAUUUCUAGGAUGGCAUCCUCUCUGGCUGGUAGCAUGUCAGCAUCAUCUGAAAUCAUUCCCGUUGACCUGCCAAGGAACAUUGCCAGCAAACUGAGAAUCCCCAAGGCCUUCCAGAAGAAAAUGUGUGCUGCAAUUGAAACCUUUGGAAUCAAGGCAUGCACUGAGAUUGAAUCUCGCAACGCCGCCUUUAUCAGAGACUCCCCACUUUACGCCAUUAUUGGAAGACAUGCCGUCAUGGUUGAGGUUGCUCCAGCUGCUGGACCAGUCAUCGAGAAGAUUGAACUUGAGAUUCAGGUUGGAGAAAAAGCAGCAGAGAAGAUAAUCAAAGUGAUUAACAUGAGCGAGGAAGAGGAAAUUCUCGAGGACAAGAACGUGCUGAUGAAACUCAAGAAAAUCCUGGUUCCUGGUCUGAAGAACAGAACAUCAGCUUCCUCCAGUUCCAGCAGCUCUCGUUCAAGCAGCUCUCGCUCCAGCAGCUCCCGUUCAAGCAUCUCCUCCUCUGUGUCCUCCUCCAGUUCCUCCUCUCGCCGCAAGAUGAUCGACGUUGUUGCCCCCAUCAGCAAGACAUCAAAGAGACUGAGCUCCAGCAGCUCCUCCAGCAGCAGAUCAAGCCUUAACUCAAAGAGCUCCUCCAGCAGCCGCUCGUCUCUUCAUUCCAGCAGCUCUUCCAGCUCCAGGUCCUUGUCCAAGCAAGAACUGUAUGAGAUGAAGUUUGCCAAAAACCACAUCCAUCAGCAUGCAGUCUCCACAGCCCGUGUCAACAGCAGAAGCAGUGCCUACAGCUUCGAAGCCAUCUACAAUAAGGCCAAAUACCUUGCUAAUGCCAUUACUCCUGCUGUGACCAUUCUCAUCCGUGCUGUGAGAGCUGACCACAAGGUUCAGGGAUACCAGAUUGCAGCUUACUUUGACAGAGCUACUGCCAGACUGCAGGUUGUUUUUGCCAACCUGGCUGAGAACGACCACUGGAGAAUCUGUGCUGACGGUGUGAUGCUGAGCUACCACAAGUUGAUGGCCAAGGUUGCCUGGGGUAUUGAGUGCAAACAAUACGAGACUGAAAUCACAGCUGAGACCGGUCUUGUGGGUCAAGACCCUGCAGUCCGCGUGAAGAUGACCUGGGACAAAAUUCCAACGAACAUGAAGCGCUAUGCAAAGGAGCUUUCUGAAUACCUUUCCCGCAUCGCUCUGGAAGCCGGAAUAGGCCUGGCAAAGGUCAAGAAUGUUCGUAAUCAGAUCAAACUGAGUGUGGCUGUUGCUUCUGAGACAAGCCUGAAUGUUGUGCUGAAGACACCUAAGAGGACCAUUUACAAACUUGGAGUGGCUCUCCCAGUUUCUCUUCCAUUUGGAGACACUGCUGCAGAGCUGGAAGCGUACCAGAGCAACUGGGCUGACAAGAUCACCUACAUGGUCACCAAGGCUCACGCAGCUGAGUGCACCAUGGUCAGAGACAAACUGAUCACAUUCAACAACAGGAAAUUCAAGAACGAGAUGCCCCACUCUUGCUACCAGGUUUUGGCUCAGGAUUGCAGCCAAGAGCUUAAAUUCAUAGUUCUGCUGAAGAGGGACCAAACACUGGAACAAAACCUGAUUAAUGUGAAGAUUGAAAACAUUGAUGUUGACCUGUAUCCCAAGGACAGUGCUAUCAUGGUGAAGGUUAAUGGAGUAGAAAUCCCCAUCAGCAACCUGCCAUAUCAGCAUCCCGCAGGCCAAAUUCAGAUCAGACAGAGAGGUGAGGGCAUCGCUCUUUAUGCUCCCAGCCAUGGUCUUCAGGAGGUCUACUUUGAUCUGAACGCAUUGAAGGUUAAAGUUGUGGACUGGAUGAGAGGACAGACUUGUGGACUCUGUGGAAAGGCUGACGGAGAAAUCAGACAGGAGUACCGUACACCAAACGAACGCCUGACUAGGAACGCAGUCAGCUACGCUCACUCCUGGGUUCUGCCUGGAAAGAGCUGCCGUGAUGCCUCUGAGUGUUAUAUGAAGCUUGAAUCUGUGAAGAUGGAGAAGCAGGUAAACAUCCAUGGCCAGGAGUCCAAAUGCUACUCUGUUGAGCCUGUGCUGCGCUGCCUGCCUGGCUGCAUGCCUGUGAGGACCACCGCCGUCACCGUUGGCUUCCAUUGCGUGCCUGCUGAUUCUAACAUGAACCGCUAUGAGGGUCUGACCAGCAUCUAUGAGAAGAGCAUUGACCUGAGCGAAACAUCAGAAGCCCAUGUGGCCUGUCGCUGCACCGCUCAGUGCGCUUAAUCUCAUCUUCAUUCUAUUCUAUUACAUGCAAGUAUUGUUGAAUACUUUUUUUGCUAAAUUUUAAUAAAUUGUCAAGCAUAUGAA